GGCUCCAUGAGCCAAGCGUGGCGGAGGCCGGAGGCCGGAGCCCGGAUGGAAGGCGCCGCGCGGGGAGAUGAGGAUGAGUCCAGCAACCAUGGGUCCCACAAGAAGAAGCACAAGAAGCACAAGAAAAAACACAAGAAGAGGCAUCACCGCGAGGAGGCGGGCAUGCCGGCGGUGGAGCCUCUGGCCGCCCUGCCGAAGCCUCAGCUGAAGCUCAAGAUCAAGCUUGGAGGACAGAUCUUGGGCACUAAGAGUGUGCCAACCUUCACCGUCAUUCCCGAGAGGCCGCGCUCUCCCUCCCCACUGAUGGUCGUGGAUGAUGAGGAUGAGCCGAUGGAAGGGGUGCCCAUUGAACAAUAUCGUGCAUGGCUGGAUGAGGACAGUAACCUGGAGCCGUCUCCCCUGCCGGAACUCGAUACUGAGGAGCAGCGCUGGCUGGAUGCCCUGGAGCGCGGGGAGCUGGAUGACAACGGGGAGCUCAAGAAGGAGGUGGAUGAAUCCCUGCUCACAGCCAGGCAGAAAGCCCUCCUGCACAAGCAACAGAGCCAGCCACUGCUGGAGCUUCCGAUGGGCUACAAGGCCAAGGAGCUGACGGAGGAGAUGCUGGUGAAGCGAGAGGAACGCGCUCGCCAGCGGCGCCUCCAGGCGGCCAAGAAGGCGGAGGAGAACAAGAACCAAACCAUCGAGCGCCUCACCAAGACCAGCAAGGCCAAGGUGAAGACUCUGCGGGAGCGCAAGGCCAAAGCAGCCGCCGCCCCGAUGGUCUCCUACCGCAACGCUGCCGACGGGAUCACCGUCUCCUUCCCUCUGGGGGUCCCCGCACCUCUGCUGCCCUCCCUACCGCCUGCUGUGCCUCUGCCCACCCCCUGCGGAGUCGGCGGGUGUCCCAACCUCAAGCGCUACUCCUGCUCCCUCACUGGGGUGCCGCUCUGCAGCCUGGCCUGCUACAAGAAGAACUUGCUGCUCCAGCAGGUGGCAGCCUAAGCACCACCAUCCUUGCCAGAGGAGGACCCCCUUGUGCGCCUGGAACUCCUCUAGGAAUGCCACCUCUGUGAUCCAAAGGAGGGUGUGGCAGACCACCCCCACCCCCCCACGUGGAGAUGGGCUUGGGCAGGCUGCUUUUCCAAGCUGUGUGAUGGUGCUGAACAUGCUCCUCUCUCCGUAGUGAUGGUCAGACAUGCGUCUCCUGGGCUUUGCUGACUGGACUGGCAAAGUGACUGAGGGUGGCAAGGCAACUGGCCCUGUGGCACCAAGAGACCAGUGCCUCUCUCAUGUGGGACCUUGGGUUGCCUGCACUCCUGGCAGCUCCUCUUGACAGAGAAGACUUAGCAUCACUCCUGCUGCAGCUACUGUGGUGGCACAGGAAGUUGACACUGGCAGGGGGCAACCUCCGUAGUCUUGCCCUGGAUCCUUGGGGAAGGAGAGAAAACCCUUCCCAGUUGUAAACUGGAGCCUCUCCUUUCUUUUCCUGCCUGUGUAAUGACAGGAAGGAACCAGGUGUUUCCUCUUGGGUUCCUUGCCCAGAUCUUUGCCCUACAGAGAAACAUGGGUCCACUGGUGAUUUAUUU